AUGUCAGGAGGUCUGCUGCUCGGAGACGAGGUCCCCAACUUCCAGGCUGACACCACAAUUGGCCGCAUCUGCUUCCACGACUUCCUCAGAGACUCAUGGGGCAUCCUCUUCUCCCACCCACGGGACUUUACUCCAGUGUGCACCACAGAGCUGGGCCUUGCCACCAAGCUCACCCCAGAAUUUGCCAAGCGGAAUGUUAAGAUGAAUGCCCUUUCUGUCGACUCUGUCCAGGACCACCUUGCCGGGUGUAAGGAUAUCAGUGCAUGCAAUGGAGAGCCACCUGUCCAGAAGCUGUCUUUCCCCAUCCUAUACCCAGCAACUACCGGCAGGAACUUUGACGAGCUCCUCAGAGUGAUCGAUUCCCUUCAGUUGACGACCUACAAGAAGGUUGUUACUCCCGUGGAAUGGAAACCUGGAAACAGCAUUGUGGUUGUUCCAACUAUCUCUGAAGAGGAGGCCAAAACCCUGUUUCCGAAAGGAGUCUUCACCAAAGAGCUCCCUUCAGGGAAGAAAUACCUCCGGUACAUCGCCCAGCCCUAG